AUCCUCAAUCCCGCGACAAUCACUCCACCGACCUUCACCUUCGACUCCUUCCUCCGUCGUACCCUUCCGACCCUUGGAGCGCCAUCCAAAACUCAUCGUCCACUAUGUCCGGACUUUCUCAAAAGCAACGGCGUAUCAUGUCCACGAGAACCCAACUGUCCCGAUAGACAUUUCAUUCCGGUAUCAGAACGAAGCGGAGUCGGCCACCUAAUAUGCAAACAUUAUCAACGAGGCUUGUGCAAGAAGAGUGCAGGAGGAUCAUGCGAUUUCGCCCACACAUUCGAUCUACGAGACGAGCGCGAGUGCAAGGAAUUCUCUCGAUAUGGAAUAUGUCCGCAAGGCGACGAAUGCACCUCUCUCCACAUCCCACCAACAUCGGAGCUACGGCGACCCGCCUGUCCACAUUAUGCGAGAGGCUUCUGCCCGCUAGGACCGUACUGUGAGCUUCGACAUAUCAAGCAUCCACGCGCUUGUCCGUUCUACAUGGCAGGAUUCUGUCCGAACGGACGCGCGCACCCUCCGGAUUUGGACAAAGUGGUGUGUUGUGAGUUCGGAGCUCAUGCGAGGUGGAUUCGAGAUGAGGAUAUGAACCCGAAGAAA